AUGGACCCACCACCGCCAACCCCGGGCUCUGUCGCCCAGCCCGCCGCCCCAUCCCCGCUGACCUCCUACCGCUGGCACACCGGGGGUGGCACUGGGGAGAAAGGGACAGCCGGCAAGUUCGGCUGGGGGCGAAUUUCAGGCUGGGGCCGAGCACUGAGCCAUCAGGAGCCCCUGGGCAGACGGCCGUCGGCUCCCCGCUCGCUCUUCCGCCGUGUCCUCUCCGCUCCCCCCAAAGAAACCCGCAGCAGCCGCCUGAGGUUGUCCAAGACACUCUGGAGCCGGCCCAAGAACCCCGAGCCAGACCCUGAGCCCGAGCCGGAGGCUGCUGGCUUCACUGCCGGUCCCCUCCCAGAUCCGGAGCCCCCCACCCCGCAAAUCCCCGAGGCCCCAAACCCCGACGUGCCUGUCUGGAAUAUCAGUGGCUUCACCCUACUGGAUGGGAGGCUCGUGCUGCUCGGGAGCGAGGAGGAGGGACCCCGCCUGCGCCGAACGGGCAGUGCUAGCUCUGAGGGCAGCCUCCACGUGGCGUUGGGCAACCUCAGAGACACAGAUCGGACCCCUGGAAAGUCAGAGCCAGAGCCCACCGGUCCUAACCAGCCCCACAAUGUCCGGGGCCUGCUGAGGCGUCUGAAGGAGAGGAAGAAGUCCAGAUCUGAGCUGGGCACCAGUGCCACCAGAGAUGGGUCCUCCAGCGCACUGGGCUCUCGGGAAUCUCUGGCUGCAAUGUCUGAGCUGGACCUGGGCGCCGAGCAGGACGUGCGAGUGUGGCCAGUGCACCCCAGCCUGCUGGAUGAGACGCACUGCUUCCAGGUGAUAUGGGCUGGCGGCCGCCGCUGCUUCUCCUGUCGCUCUGCCACCGAGAAGGACCGCUGGAUUGAGGACCUGCGUCGCCACUUCCAGCCCUGCCAGGACAACUCGGAGCGCGAGGAGACGUGGCUGAGCGUGUGGGUGCACGAGGCCAAGGGGCUCCCCAAGACGGCGGCCGCGGCUCCGGGCGUGCGCGCCGAGCUGUGGCUGGACGGGGCGCUCCUGGCGCGCACGGCACCGCGCUCCGGGCCGGGGCCGCUCUUCUGGGCCGAGCGCUUCCACUUCGAGGCGCUGCCGCCCGCGCGUCGCCUGUCGCUGCGGCUGCGCCGGGCGGGCCCCGGGGGCGCGGCGCUGGGCCGCGUGGCGCUGAGCCUGGACGAGCCGGGCGCCGCGCAGCUGGGCCUGGAGCGCUGGUUCCCGCUGCUCGGGGCGCCCGCGGGCGCGUCGCUCCGGGCGCGGGUGCGGGCCCGGCGCCUGCGGGUGCUGCCGUCCGAGCGCUACAAGGAGCUCGCCGAGUUCCUCACCUUCCACUACGCGCGGCUGUGCGAGGCGCUGGAGCCCGCGCUGUCGGCGCAGGCCAAGGAGGAGCUGGCGGCCGCCCUGGUGCGCGUCCUGCAGGCCACGGGCCGGGCGCAGGCGCUGGUGACAGAUCUGGGCACUGCGGAGCUGGCGCGCUGCGGAGGCCACGAGGCGCUGCUGUUCCGCGAAAACACGCUGGCCACCAAGGCCAUUGACGAGUACAUGAAGCUGGUGGCACAGGACUAUCUCCAGGAGACCCUCGGGAAGGUGGUGAGGCGGCUCUGCGCAUCGGACGAGGACUGUGAGGUGGACCCCAGCAAGUGCCCCGGCCCAGAGCUGAUGCAGCACCAAGCCAGACUGCAGAACAGCUGCGAGGAAGUUUUCCAGAGCAUCGUCCAUUCGCACAGCUGGUUCCCGGCAGAGCUAGGCUCCGUGUUCUCCAGCUGGAGAGAUGCCUGCAAAGCCCGGGGCUCCGAGGCACUGGGCUCACGGCUGGUGUGCGCCUCCCUCUUCCUGAGGCUCCUCUGUCCUGCCAUCCUGGCCCCCAGCCUCUUCGGAUUGGCACCAGAGCACCCUGCGCCAGGCCCGGCCCGUGCCCUGACGCUCAUUGCCAAGGUCAUCCAGAAUCUCGCCAACCGAGCCCCAUUUGGCGAGAAGGAGGCGUACAUGGGCUUCAUGACGGGCUUCCUGGAGGAGCACGGACCAGCCAUGCAGCGCUUCCUGGAGCAGGUGGCCAUGGUGGAUGUGGGUGCGGCCCCCAGUAGCUACCAAGGCACUGACUUGGCCCUCCGGCUGGCUGUUCUACACGCCCAGCUCGGCACCAUCUUUGCUGAGCUGGACCAGGCGACCCGCGAGAGUCUGGAGCCGCUGCCCACCAUCCUGAGGGCCAUCGAGGAAGGCCGGCCUGUCCCCGUGUCUGUGCCCCUGCGCCUCCCUCCACCCCCCGUCCAGGUGCACGCCAGCUUCCAUGCAAAGGAGAAACCCGGCUUCCUGCUCCCCCGGGACCUCCCCAAGCACAGUCCCCUCAUCUCCAAAAGCCAGUCCCUCCGCAACGACCAUGGCGCGGGCUGUCGGGCCUGGCGGCGGCCGGACGACCUCCACCCGUCGCGGCCCACCCGGGUGCAGCGCACACAGAGUGUCCCUGCCCGCCGCCUGGCCCGCCGUCCAUCCGUCGGGCCCCGGCCGCUCCCCAAAGGCUCCGUGCGUGCAGGGUCAGCACCCCGUGGCCGGCCUUGGUCCCGGGCCUCGGCCUCGCUGCCUCGCAAGUCCUCCGUUCCCUGGCAGCGGCAGCUGGACCCACCGCGGGGCAAAGACCAGGCCCCGGGCACGCAUCGGCCAGUGGGCAAGCUGGCCGAGCUGCAGUGCGAGGUGGCCGCCCUGCGUGAGGAGCAGAAGGCAAUGUCGGGCCUCCUGGAGUCGCUGCGGACCCAGCUCCGGGCCAUGGCGGAGCAGCAGGUGCAGCUUGGAGGCCGCCUGCAGGACCUGGACUCCAGGCUCGGGGAGAGGUUGCGAGCCGAGCACGCCCCGCCGAACUGGGAGGGCCCGAGGCGGGAAAGCUGGGAGCGCCGCCUGGCCGACGUGGAGAACGCGCAGACGCAGCUGAGAGAGGCGCUGCAGAGCCUUAAGCUUCUCCCGGGGACUGCAGGGCCCCCCAGAAGCCAAGCGACGCCCCUCGGAGGACCCUGCGUCAACGGCGACACCCCCUGAACAGCCCUGUCCGCCUCCAGGGGUCCGGGGACCCGGAGCAGAAAGCCAACGAGGAGGUUCCCUACCCCCCCCCCCCUCCCCGCAGGCUGGCUGGAGAGAGGUCGUAGGUGGCCAUCAGACUGGAUGUCCACGAGGUUGCAGAGUGAAA